UCACUUCGGCCUGGACUAUAUCAAUAUUAGUAGAUCACACGUGCUAUGAUUUACAUAUGACAAAAUAUAUUUAUUUGACAUACGGCUUAAAUACGUUCAAAGUGAGUGUAUAUGGUUUAGACUACUGUUGUGUACGUGUACGUGGGAUGAAAUGAAAACAUUAUUAAUAUUUGCAUAGAGUUUAAUUAAUACAUUUAUUUAUUAUGUGAUAUUAUUAUCUUUCACGAUAAAGGUUUAAGUGUGAAUUGAGUGAUUACGUGCUGUGGAAUGUGUACUUAUUAUUAAAUAGCGGGCAAAGAUUUCAAAAUGGCGUCCGAAGUAAACGAAUGGUACAAGGGAAGAAAGGUGUUUGUGACGGGGGCUCUAGGUCUCAUGGGGAAGGUUUUGAUAGAAAAAUUGUUAUACAGCGUUCCGGAUAUAGGAUGCGUGUACGCGCUAGUGCGAAGUAAACGUGGCAAGUCACCGGAAACAAGGAUCGAGGAAAUGUGGCAAUUGCCUUUAUUUGCAAGGAUACGGGAAGAGAAGCCUCAUGUUAUGAAGAAACUGAUCGCUGUGGCUGGUGAUAUUCAGUACGAUGAUUUGGGUAUUAAUAAUAAACAGACAGAGGAAAUAUAUAACGAGGUAUCAGUAGUUUUUCAUUUCGCUGCUACUCUACGUCUAGAGGCACCCCUAAAAGAAGGUCUCGAAUUGAAUACAAAGGGAACCCUCCGUGUUUUGGAGAUGGCGAAGAAAAUGAGAAAACUGGCAGGCUUCGUUCACCUCUCAACUGCCUUCUGUUACCCGGAUUACGACAGAAUGGCAGAAGCGGUUCAUCCACCACCAACCGAUCCUCACGAGGUUCUGCGUGCUGCGAGCUGGAUGACAAACGAGCAGCUAAACGUUCUAGCACCAACCUUGAUGCAAAAGCAUCCCAAUUCCUACACAUACUCCAAGCGACUGGCCGAGGCACUUGUCAAAGAAUGUUAUCCAGAAAUACCAGCAGUGGUCGUCCGCCCUAGCAUUGUCACGCCAUCGUUCAAAGAACCAAAUCCAGGUUGGGUAGAUAACCUCAAUGGCCCAAUAGGAUUAAUGAUCGGGGCCGGGAAGGGUGUCAUCAGAUCAAUGCAUUGCUAUGGACACUAUCACGCGGAAGUCAUACCAGUGGAUAUCGCUAUCAAUGCAACUAUUGUCAUUCCUUACUAUAUCAACACCCAAAUGGAAAGGUCACAAGAAAUACCUGUGUUCAAUCUAACUACAGGUGACGAUAGGAACAAUACGUGGAAGGAGGUUCUCGACGUAGGAAAGGCGACGGUCCGAAAAUAUCCUUUCGAAAUGCCAUUAUGGUAUCCAGACGGGAACAUACGGCAUAGCAAACUGUUGCACGAGCUCUGUGUCUUCUUCUAUCAUAUUGUUCCCGCUUAUCUAAUAGACUUCUUGAUGUUUAUCUUUGGCCAGCAGAGAUUCAUGGUCAGAAUACAAAAGCGAAUUUCUGUCGGACUUGAAGUUCUACAGUAUUUCACAACAAGAGAAUGGUGGUUCGACACAGACAACUUCAAAGAUUUGGCGAAAAAGUUACACGGAGCAGACUUCACAACUUUCCCGAUGGAUUUGAAAAUUAUCGAAAUCGGUCCGUACAUAGAAAGUUGCAUGAUAGGCGGCAAACUGUACUGUUUGAAGGAAAAGUUAGAAAAUCUCCCGAAAGCAAAACUGCAUAAUAAUAUAUUAUUCGUUUUGGAUUUUCUUGCUAGUGUAUUCUUCUAUCUGUUAUUGGUUUACUGGAUGGUUCUACUAUUUGAACCUGUUCGUGAAAUUCUAAGCUACUGCGGGCCAUUCGUGAAGUAUCUGCCUCUCGUCGGAAAGGCGGUCUUCCGAGAUGAUUGACGUUAUACAAUAUAAACAUUUAUUUUUAUGGUACCAAGAAGGUUGAUUAAUUGCAAGUAUAAUUUAAAUUAGGUAUACAUAAAAUGGAGGAGCUAUGGAGUUAUCAUUCUAAAAUUAGUUUGUAUGUUGUCUAUUAUAAAGCUAUAACCUUUAGUGAUUGGUGCAAGCAACAUGUAUAAGUGAUAACGAAGAUUGCAAUGGCAAAGGUUAUCAGCAUCAACAAGCUUGUUGAUUGGUUAGCGAUCUUUUUGUUUUCUUCAAUUCUACUUCUACUUAUAGAUUUUACUAUAAAGUUUACUGUCACAAAUUUAGGAGACAAAUUAUUUGUUAAAUAAAAAUACAAAUAAUCGAAAUAUUUCAUGUAAUUCAUAUUUUAAUUUAAAUGUUCAAAACACUUAAUAUUAACAACUAUUCAUGUAAUGUUUAUUUUACAACAUAUAAAGUUAUAUUAUAAAUA